ACUGAUGAUACCCCCGAAUUUAACAUAACUGAUGAAGCUUCAAAUUCUGAUGAACCCAAUAAUGCCUCAGCAUCCGAUAUAUCUGACAAUACUUCAAAAUCUGACGAGAAGCUUCGGGAUCAAGAGGCCUCUUCAGAAAAACUAGACUCUUCAAGAGAAUUAGAGGAGUUUAUGUCACCUCCAUUAUCAUGUGACAUGAAAACCGUGAACACUGUUCACGAUCAAGAAAAGACUUUACCAAAAGAAUCCGUACAAAAUAUAUCUCAAAAAUCUAUUGGGAAUUCAGCUGAAGCUAGUACAUACGUGCCAAGUGAAGUUGUACAAGAUUCUGCACCUGCUGAACUUGCUCAUUUGUUAUAUCAGGCUAGUAAAGCGAGAAAAAAAUCUGUAAAGCUAAGCAGGAAGAAAUUUUAUAUUGGGGUCACUAUUCUGAAAAUACGAAGCCAUACCUCACAGGAAUUUCUGAUGAAUCAAGUAACGAAGGCGCAAAUUGCCAUCCAGCAAUUCCUUGAUGUUGAUAAAAUAAGUGGAGAAGUCUCACGCAAUGAGGAUACUAUUGCAUCUAAAUCUUUACAGGAGGUGAGCAAUGAUCGAGGUUCCGACUAUGAAUACGAUUUUGAAGAUCCCUUCGAUAACAGCGAAGAUGACUUACGGAGUGAGGAUGCUAAUGCCAUGUCUUCGUGUAACCUAAUUUUUACCACAUAG